AUUCCUGCACUGCCCUUGUGUGUCCUCAGUACCAGGCAGUCUCAGCCAGUCCUUAAGUGAUACAAUCAGCUCAUUGUGCCAACAGCACCUACGGGACAUUCUCAAGGUGACGGCGAGAGAGACGAGAGGGACACAGCAAGGGACAUACGUUGAAGUGCAGAGACUUGUGCAUGAGUCGUGUGUGCUGGUUAAUAAAUACUCUCCCGGAACUCACACUGGGACACUGGGUCGUGCUCCAGGCUCAUACAUAAGGUCAAUUCCAAUACAAGAUCAGAUUGUUUUACCAGCACCCCUCAUGGCAUCAGAGCAAUUAGUAUCUUUAGAUAGCUGCCCAGCCCCAAUAGAUAAUCAGCCUCAUGACCAGGGAACUGCUGCAAGCUCCCCGCUCAUAGAGAUCUCAGGUGUGACUCAAGAGCAAUCCUCCCAGUGUCUUUUACUGACUGAACACACGGGGGCGCCAGUGUCACAGUCAGCUCCAGUUACAGAGCAGGAGAAAGCAGUGGGGCCUGGGGGAGUGAAAGAACAAGAUACACCUGCAGAGGGACACGUGGGGGGAACAGGGCAGGGGGCAGGUUCAGUUGUACAAGUGGCUGGAGAAGGGGCAGACACAGAAGGGAGGGGUGAUGGAAGGGGUACAAGUGGGCACAUGGCAGAAGGGGGCACAGGUGAGAUGAUACAGCUGAAACAGGAGGAGGGGGACACAUGGGUGCAGGGAACAAAUGAUUUUAUGGUGAGAGAUGGGGAAGCAGGGCCACCUGUACAGCUCAUAAACCUGCAGGCUGGGGUACCUGAGUUGCUUAUACAGCUCGAGGGUCCUGAGGCAGAGGAGUUAGUGCACACCACACAGGUGACGGGGGAGGAAAGGCCUGGGGUACCUGAGCUGCUUAUACAAAUACAAACAGAGGGCUCUGAGGAAGAGGAGUUAGUGCACACUCCACAGGUAACAGGGGAGGAAGGGCCUGGGGUACCUGAGCUGCUUAUACAGCUACAUACAGAGGGUCCUGAGGAAGAGGAAGGAGUGCAAACCCCACAGGUGACAGGGGAGGAAGGGCCUGGGGUACCUGAGCUGCUCAUACAAGUAAAAACAGAGGGUCCUGAGGCAGAGGGAGCAGUGCAAACCCCACAGGUGACAGGGGAGGAAGGAACAGAUGGAAAGGCGAGUGACUCAAGUGAGGAAGCUGAGAAAGAGGUGACACCUAAUCCCUGUGCCGGCCCUUGUUGGGAGGGGACAGUAGAGCCAGAGUGCCCUGCAGCCUGCUGGGAGAGGGAGUGUACCGGGAGAGAGGUGAAGACAGACCCAACUGAGCAGGGAGACACUCAGACUGGGACAGUCACUGAGAGGACAGCAGCCAUGAAAGAGAGGGAGAUCCAGACAGAGGGGGAUGCCAAUAUCUUCGAAACCCCCAUAGAAAGGGAGAUCCGGUUGGCUAUGGAGAGAGAGCAGAUGCUACGCCAGGAGAGGGGCAUCAGUGCCCCAGUGGGGCAGCCAGAGCUGGUGGAAGUGCGGAGGAAAGUGACAGUGGGGGAGCAGCUGGCAGGAGUGGGCAAGGAACGACAGUUGGCUGGGGCACAGAUGCUAAGGGACAUCCAGCAGGAGACGCGCAGAGAACAAGACCUGGUGGACCAGGGGAAGGUGAUGGGGGCCUACGAUCGGGGGCAACAGCAGGAGGUGCUGGAGAAGAAGAUGAUGUUUGAGAGCAUGGUUAUAGAGUCAUCAGACUCUCCCCUCAAGAAAAGACAAAGUGGGUCUCAAGAAUUCCUGGAGCCUGAGUUUGCUGAAUUUGUGGUCCUGGGAAUUCCACCAGAAGCUUCCAAUUUGGAGGUUAAAAAGGGACUUUCCUUUGCCGAGGCUAAUGGAAGCAAUAUUAUCCUCAUAGAGCACAGUUCCCUGCUCCGUCGACCUGCAUCUAUCAGUCCCUUAGACUCACCUCCUGUGGUUCCAACACCUCCAUCUUCUGUCCGGGCAGAAUCUCCAAUCCCAGCAGCAGGGAGCCCAUACCUUAUGAUCAACUCCCCCAGCUCUGGCUCUCUGCUGGAGAGAGAAAUCGAGGAGGUGAAGCAGAGGGAGAAAGAACUGCGAAGGCAAAGGAGUAGCAUCUAUGGGAAGGAGGCCCUGGAGAUCUCUGUCAAAGAACAAGAGAAUCGAGAAGACAUACAGUCUGGAAUAUAUCAACCAGAACGGACAAGCUGGAGAAAACUGGAAGUUAACUGGCCCCCAAACCGAGAGGAGUCCAUGAAUGGUGUAGCAUCUGAGGAGGUCAAAGAAAGUCCUCGACUUCGUAGACAACGCAGCCUUCUCAUCCAAAGCUGGGAAUCUGGCAACCCCACCCCUCGGGAUGAGCAGUAGAAAGGACCUAAGCUACAGCUGCACUGAAUAUCUUGUUUUGUCUGGAAUCCUACUAUCCCUGUAGACUUUAAACAUGACACUGCCCCUUUCUUCCUGUUUGUCUGUUAUCUCUGCUGCAUAUGACAUCAUUACAUGACAUCAUCGAGGCACACUUUGGGCAUCUGGCUCCACCUGCUGCACUACAUUAUCAGUAUCUAAUCUGCCAAUCAAACUUUUUGUAAUCUAUAAUAAAGCUAAUUUGUAAUAAAUUA